AUGCCCCUCCAGAACCAGUCAGCUGAGGACUCUCCAUGGAGCCCUCCCAGCAAACCCCUGAACUCAACAGAAAUAUCGGAGGUAUGGGAUGCCCAGACACUCCAGGCACUCAAGAUCUCUCUGGCUGUGAUUUUAGCUAUCAUCACUCUUGCCACCAUUCUCUCUAACACUUUUGUGAUCAUCACAAUAUUCCUUACUAAGAAGCUCCAUACACCAGCCAAUUAUCUCAUCGGCUCCCUGGCCGUGACGGACCUCUUAGUCUCCAUUUUGGUGAUGCCCAUCAGUAUCGCGUACACUGUCACUCAAACCUGGACCUUUGGGCAGAUCAUGUGUGACAUCUGGCUGUCCUCAGAUAUCACCUGUUGUACCGCCUCCAUCCUCCACCUCUGCGUCAUUGCAUUGGACCGAUAUUGGGCCAUCACCGAUGCCUUGGAAUACAGCAAGCGCCGUACAUUUGGCCGGGCAGCGGCCAUGAUUGCCAUGGUCUGGGUCAUCUCUGUGUGUAUCUCCAUUCCCCCCCUUUUCUGGAGGCAGGCCAAAGCCCAUGAAGAGCUGGCAGACUGCCUGGUGAACACAUCGCAGAUCUCCUAUACCAUCUACUCCACCUGUGGUGCCUUUUAUAUCCCAUCUGUGCUGCUCAUUAUUCUCUAUGGCCGGAUCUAUGCUGCUGCUCGAACUCGGAUCCUGAAGCCACCUUCUCUGUAUGGGAAGCACUUCACCACUGCUCAUCUUAUCACUGGUUCUGCCGGCACUUCCUUGUGUUCCAUCAAUUCCAGCCUCCAGGAGGGGCAACCCCAUCCGGGGGGCUCACCACUUUUUAUUGGUCCUGUGAAAAUCAAGCUAGCUAGCAGCCUCCUGGAAAGGAAGAGAAUCUCAGCAGCCAGGGAGAGGAAGGCUACCAAGACCCUGGGGAUUAUCCUGGGGGCCUUCAUCAUCUGCUGGCUCCCUUUCUUUGUCGUGUCUCUGGUCCUACCCAUCUGCCGAGAUGCCUGUUGGCUCCACCCAGCCAUCUUUGACUUUUUCACAUGGUUAGGCUAUUUAAAUUCCCUCAUUAACCCAAUAAUUUACACUUGGUUUAAUGAAGAAUUCAAACAAGCAUUCCAGAAAUUAAUAAGGUUCAGGAGAGGGCCCUGAUUUUAAUCUUUUCCCGCUUGCUGUUGAAUCCUUUUAUCAUUUGUUCAUUAAAAUCUGGAGAGGAAACAUUUCAUAUAAUUCACAAUAACUCAAAUGCCAAACGUCUUCUCUGUUAUUCUCCAGAGAUCAUGAAUUACUCUCCACCUUAGACCUUGAAUAGUACUUUAUUUCAUUCCUCUCCGAUGUACUGAUCACAAUGUAUUUAGUUUGUAUAUAUUUUGUAUUUACUUACCUAUGUCCAAUUCCUCCCAAAGAAUGUAAGCUCCUGGAGGGCAGGAAUUGUUCUUGAUUUUGUCUUUGUAUCUCUGGCCCUUAGCAAAUGCUUAUGGCAUUGAAUUUAAUGUAACAUUGUAUAUUACAGUCAUUUGUGUUUUCGUUUUCUCCCUCUAGUAAUCUGAAAGCUCCAUGAGGACAGGGCCACGUCUUCCCUAAAUUCUGUAUCUCCCCUCAGCGCACAGCACAAUGUUCUAUACAUAAUAGCUGCUUGAUAAGCAUUUAUUGAGUUGAAUGAAUAUUUCAAAAUCCCUACGCUGUCCACAGCCCUUUGCUAGGCACUAUUGAGGAUGCAAAAAUGAUAAGAAGCAGUCCUUGUUCUCCAGGAGCUGACAGUCUAGAAGGUGAUGAGACAUGUGUACAGUUAAUGACAUUGCAAGUUGGAAUGUGAUAAAUGUAUAAGAGGAAGAAGAAGUGAUCCCAUAACAGAACCCAGUUUGAAGGGUUCUUUUUUCCAGGGACUUGGAUAUUUCCAGAGCACUGUUCUGAGCUUACUCUUCCUAAUGCCUCCAUUGUUUCUGAAUCACCCAGAAUUAUGUGACUGCAAAUGAGUGGAAAUCUGGUUAAACUUUGCCCAACAGAGGAGCUGACAGAGAUUCAGUUAACCCUGGGCUUCUGCUUUGGGGAAUUUCAGGAGAGGUCUCUGAUCCUUGGGGAGAAGACAUCAGCCCAAGAAGAGGAUCCAUCCAGAAAACAGGUCUUCUUGUCUAUGGCAGAUUUAUAUAAAAAUCAAGGAAGUAAUAAGAAAAGAGAACCCAUUGGCUUGGCUCCAGUGACAAUUUCCCAAGUCUUCAGAGAAUCUGGAGACCGGAUGGCCAAGGCAAUUACUUCAACCUGGGUGAUUUUAGAAUUAGUCUUGUUUACCUAAGAUGGUUAGGGAGUCCAGAAGACAACCAGGACAAGAACCUAGGAUUCCAAAGACUAUGAAAUAUUGGAAUGAACUCAAGAACACAAAGUGUCGUUAGACCUGGAUGGGAUCUUAAAGACUCUCUAAUCCAACCUUCUUGUUCUAUGAAGUAGUAGUGGGUAUGCUGUUUAGAUUAGAUUAGAAGCAAUGCUAGGUACACUGAAAGUGUACCUGAGGCUACCACCUAAUCCCAUACAUGCAGCCUUGUCCUCUUCUUUUUCUCUCUGGGUUCAAAGGUAAUCUAGUGGAAAUGUUUUGGAAUAGUCUUAGAAUUGACUACAUAGAGCAAAGUUCUCCUGGAAACUGAGGCUUAGGGAGGGCAAGUGAUUUGCUCAUGGUCAAGUUCAGAAGUAUUUCUUUUGGUACCUGAGCAGUGUAAAUAGAACUAACUUGAUUGAACUCUUAAAAAGAACUUUCUCACAUACCUUUUGGAGGGGAAAAAACAACACUAAGACUUUUUUUUGGUGCUUGAGAUACACAGAAAUCUGGAGGUGGGCUUAGAAAGAGCAGGUAGGCAUCCUAAUAUACUCUGUCAUGCAAUGUGUCCAUUCUAUGUGAGCACUGAUGAUAGGGAUCAGUGCCUCUAUAAACAGUGGAAGGAGGCACUGGGCUUUUGCCAUAAUAGCAGAAAAAAGAAGAUAAACAUACAAUAAUGGGAAACUGCCAUCUACCCCCUAGAUUGUAACUACUGAAAAAAUUAGCCUCUUCCCUUCCUUUAGUUCAUCUUGACACAAGAGUCUGUCCUCAGUACCUGUGCAUAUGACUUGAUGCCCACUUACCACUAUUUCCUUCCAUGUGGCAAUUCCCCUGCUUCUAGUUCUCUUGAUGGAAUGACAAUUUACUGUGUGUCUUGACUUCUGAUUUGUGGGUGUGUUCCCACUCACCGGAGUCUCAUGCUUCUUGCCCUAGACAUGAUGAUUACAGCACUCUCCUGUGCAGUGCCAGCUGACUGGCCAGGAGCCCUUUCUUGUAGUGUUCUCCCGCAGCUCUCUUGCUCACUGUAAGCUAUGUUACAAUCUGUAUUCCUCAUGUGAAGAAGCACUGUUGGAUGGCCCUGGAAGAUCAAGCAUUAAAUGGGUAAUAGGAAAGGAGAAUUGUAGAAAAUUAUUUUUUUACAGUUGACUGUCAUUCUAAGAGAUGGAGUCUUCUAUAAUAAAAAAGCAUGAGAAAUGACCAAGGGUGAUAUCUUUUUAGUUAUUUUCUUCUCCCUACCCCGGGAUGGAAUGGCAUUCAGUUGUGAAAUCAGGAUAUCAGUGAGAGCCACAUCCAUGCCCCAGAGGAGAGCAACCAGGAUAGUGAGGGGUUUGGAAACCUCAUUUCACAAGCAUUUGUUGAAGGAACAGAACUUGUUUAGCCUGGAAAAGAGAAGACUUGGUGGAGGCCAUGGUAGGUGGCUUCAAAUAACUCCAGUGUUGUCCAAAUCACUGAAUCUCAAAAUUAGGAGACUUUAGAGGAGAUCUAUUCCUGUCUACACCACUCUCCUACAUCUGUAGCAGGUGAUCAUCUAGCUUUGCUUCAUACACCUAAAAUAAAGGGGCACUUGCUACCUCUACAGGCAAUUCCCACUCUUGGAGAAUUAUCUCUCAUCAUUAGGAAAUCUUUUCUGAAAUCAAGUCUAAAACCAUCUUUCUGUAACUCAUUCCCCUACCCACUGGAGGAAAAGUGGAAUGCUUUUUCACAUAGCAGCCCUUCAAAUACUUGGUGGUAUAUUUGAUGGUGGUCCCAGCCCAGUUUCACCAGUGACUUCACUUAUUCAGGCUAACGUUCCAAUUCCUUCAACAGUGACAUGUUUUCUGUAUCCUUUACCAUCCUUGCUGCUGAAAACUCCAUAUACUCUUAAGCCCAUUAUGAAAAAGAGAUAGGUACCAGUGCAGGACAAUUAGGAUCAAGGGUUAGAAGUAUCAGAGAAUAUAAUUUGCCUUGGUCUUAAGGAUUUGGGGGCCGCUAAGUGACUCAGUGAUUGGCAGCCUGGCCUAGAGUCAGGAGGUCCUGGGUUUAAAACUGACCUCUGACACUUCAUAGCUGUGUGACCCUGGGCAAGUCACUUAACCCUCAUUGCCUACCCUUACUGCUCUUCUGCUUUGGAACCAAUACAUAGUAUUGAUUAUAAAAUGGAAGGUAAAAUGUAUUAGUUUUCUACCUCUCCUAAUAAAUACAAAAUCCUUAUAACAAAGAAGUAUAGUCAAAGAAAAAUUUCUCACAUUGGCCACAUCCCAAAAUAUGUCUUAUUCUAUAAGUUAUUUCAUCAUCUCUAUUAUAUAUUAUUAUAUUAGCAUUAUAUAAUAUUACAUAUUAUACCAUUACUUCCCUAUUAUGGGUCAAGUAGAAUUCUUCAGUGUUUGUCCUCUGCCAUUAUGGUUGAUUAUUGCACUGAUCAGAGUUCUUAAGAGCUUCAGAAUGGUUCAUUUUUACAAUAGUGAUAGUAUCAUAUAAACUUUCUGGUCCUGCUCUCUUCAUUUUGCAUCAGUUCAGGAAAGUCUUCCUAGGUUUCUCAGAAAUCAUAAAGCACAUUAGUAUUCUAUCACCUUCAUAUACCAUAACUUGUUCAGUUAUUCCCCAAUUGGUGGGUAUUGGUAUCUGCUUAAUUUCCAGUUCCUUGCCACCAAAAAAAGAAAGAUUAUAUUUUUAUACAUAUAGAACCCUUCCCUUUUUUGCUAGAUGGCCUCCUUCCAGAUAAGUUAUAGAGUAGGAGUUAUUAAACACUGUGCCAUGUGUCAUGUACUGCCAUCUUUGAAAAUCUGAUGAAGCCUAUGGGUUCAUUCUCAGAAUGUUUUUAAAUUGAUGAGAUAAAACAUAUAGAUUACAAAGAAUCAAUAAUACCAACAUUUUGUUAUAUUAUAGCCAAUAUUUUAAAAUUUAAAAAACUUCACAAAAUUCAGGUUAAGAACCCAUGUUGUAGAAUCUGUUUACUAAACUAGAUGUUAGUUAAUGUGAAAUCCCUUUGUGAUUUUUAAAUCUCCAUCUUGCUUGGUAUAGCACCCAAAAUUGUGCACACCCACACUACACAGGCAUGUGCUAGUCAAUGGUAAAUCAGAGAUAUCUAACUGCCCACCUGGGCUGUCCCAAGCCAAGCUUGAGCCACCAUUGGCAUGUGUGAGGUGCAGGAAGUGAGGUAGAGAACAGCCUCUGGAGUUCACUCACUUCCUGUGGACAGGGCAAGGUGCAGUUCAUUCUAGGAGCUCGAGCAGGGAGGAGGCCCACAGGCAGUUUUCCUUCAGAUCAGUCAUGUGAGUCAAAGGACUGAUUCUCUUCUCUACCUUGGCCUUCCAAGACCUAGACUCCCUCUGGCUCUGCCAGAAGGUUGAGUUAACCUCUUUCCUUGCCCCCUUCUUUCCUUCUCUCUCUCUCCUUCUCCUUACCCCUGUUGUAAAUAAACUGCCAUAAAACUGCA